UUGGAUGUGUCGUUUUUCGCUUUACAGCGUUUAUUUUUCCCAUUAGCAGUUUACCGCGGCUUCUCGAGCGACAGAAGAAAAUGAAGACAUUUCUUUGUCUGACUGUGGUAUUCCUUGGAUUAUCCAGGGCAGCAGCUGUUACACAUUCACUACAAUACUUCUACACAGCAUCAUCAGGAAUUCCAAGUUUUCCAGAGUUUGUGACUGUGGGCAUGGUGGAUGGACAGCCAUUCACAUACUAUGACAGUAACAUAAGAAAAGAGAUUCCCAAGCAGGACUGGAUGGCAAAGGCUGAAGGACCUAAGUACUGGGACAGUCAAACGCUGGCGUCCAUUGGUGAUGAGCAGACCUUCAAAGCCAGCAUCAACAUUGUGAAGCAGCGCUUCAACCAGACUGGAGGUGUUCACGUUGUCCAGAUGAUGUACGGCUGUGAAUGGGAUGAUGAGACGAACGAGGUGGAUGGAUAUGAGCACUAUGGUUAUGAUGGAGAAGACUUUGUAACAUUUCACCUCAAGACACAGACCUGGGUCGCUCCAAAACAAAAAGCUGUCAUGACCAAACACAAGUGGGACAAUGACAAAGCUUUUUCAGCCAAAGUGAAGAACUAUCACACUCAGAUUUGUCCUGCGUGGGUGAAGAAGUAUCUGAACUAUGGGAGGAGCUCUUUAAUGAGAACAGUUCUUCCCUCAGUGUCUCUCCUCCAGAAGUCUUCCUCCUCUGCCAUCAGCUGCCACGCUACAGGUUUCUAUCCUGACAGAGUCGAGAUGUUCUGGAAAAAAGACGGAGUGGAGUUUCAUGAGGGUGUGCACAAAGGAGAGAUCCUCACCAACAAUGAUGGGACCUUCCAGAUGAGUGUUGAUCUGGAUCUGAGAUCUGUUCCAGCUGAAGACUGGAGGAGGUACGACUGUGUGUUUCAGUUCUCUGGUGUGAACGAGGACAUUAUCACCACACUGGACAAAACAGUGAUCAGGACAAAUGAAGCUUCGGCAGCAGUGCCCAGUACCAUGAUCAUCGCCAUUGCCAUUGGCAUUCUUCUUGCUGCCAUUGCACUCGCAAGUAGAAAAACUGACAUGAAAACUCCACCUGAAAAUGAUCCUGAGAGAAAAAGGAGCCCUUCAGAUUCAGAUUCAGCAACUUCUUCAGAUGGUUCUUAUACAGAUAUAACCAGCACAACUCAACUGGUGACAAGUAGAGUAAUUCUGCCAAAGAGAGUGUAAUCUGGAACAAAGGAGACAGUUUGAAUGGGUGGACUAAUUUCACUUCAUGAGGAUUCUGCAUCACUGAACUCCUGAGAAAAUAUUUCUCUGUAAUGGAAGUGGACAGUUUUUAUUCCAGCCAUGACUCAACUUGUCACUGAAACAUGCACAAAACACACCAAAAAAACACAACUAAACCAAAUAUAGAAUUUUAUGUCACAGAAAAGAAGUGAUGUAAUUUUCCUGUGAGAAAAAUUAAUUCUAGCCAAGCCGACUUUAUUUAUAAAGCACUUUAAAACAGCAAGUCUAGAACAAAUUACUUAACAUUAAUAAAAAAUAAAAAUAAAUGUAUUACAUAUUUGUAUAAAUUGAUUAAAAAAUAUAGUAAUAAAAUAAAUAAAUAAAAAUAUAUAAAUACAAACAGAAAAAUACAGAAUAAGUACAAUUAGAAUACAUUUAAAAGUAAAAAUAAUUUUAGAAUGUAGGUCUUUUGCACAAUCAUUAUGCAUUGCCUUUCUUAAAGAUGGUCCUGAAAAAGAAAGGUUAUAUAUGUAAUUCUUCAGUGUUGGGUCUGAGUGUGUAUAUUACCAUUAUUUCUUUUCCAUAUCAGGUAGUUCUGCAUGUUUGAUUUGGCAGUUUUGUUUUUGAUUUGGAAUUGAAGAAGCAACCUUUUGCUUGCUAGCUCAAUAAGUUAACCACUAUACCUUUGGAGGCAUCAUUGUUCAAGGUCAGUAAGUUGUCAAUAAGUUUAAUAUUAUGAAUUAGUUAUUUGAUUUGCUUUACUAUGCUUUGAAUUAACUGCAGAUGAGUUCAUUUACACUCACAUUACAUUCACUGAUUUUUUUUUAAAUAUAAGCACCAGUAUGAGGAUUCUUGAAAUGCUGAGUUUUCAAGACUUAUCAGAGUUUUCAAAUCUGUGAUAAAUAAUUUUUCUUGUCUUUAAUAAAAGUAUGGAUAUCUUGGAAAGGUGUAUAAAUAAGUUAUUACAAAAAAGCAGCACUUAAUUAUUGCCACAUCUAUGUUUUGUCCCACUCCUGGUGUAUGUGACAGUGAUAAAGUCAUAAGUUCAGUGAUAAAUAUUAUGUAUAUAGUAAAAAGACGUGCAUAUUUUAUGUGUAUAUAUUUUUUACUGUUUGUUCCAUUAGAUGGUUAAUGCUGCCAUCAAAGUUAUAGUGUGUGUGUGUGUGUGUUUGCCCUUUGUAGUGUUUAUUGUAAAGAUUGUUUUAUAUUGUAUGAUGAUGUUUCAGAUCAGGUGUGUUUUGAUUUGAUGGACUCAGGAUAUGAAUAAUAAUUUUUGUUAUACUACUAAAUGCAAACUUUGAUUUGUACCUGUA